AUGGGCUUCAAAAGAAUUCUCCUACAAUCACUGAUUUCUUCUUCAGAUAGUUCAGAUUCAGAUGAUGAAAGUUCAAAAAAAAAAACAGUAGUUCCUUCAAAGCAAAAAGAUAAAAAAUCAGAAAAAAAUAUAGGAAAACCGCAAACUCCAUCAAAACAGAAAUCGUCUUCUAGUGAGGAAGAUUCAUCUGAUGAAGAACCAUCAGCUCAAAAAAAAACAGUUUCAGAUUCAAAAGUUAAAGCAAAGCCUGUAGCAGCUGCCAAGCCAGCUAAAGCAGCACCUAAAGCUAAAAACGAGUCUUCUUCAGAGGAUUCAAGUAGUGAAGAUAGUGAUGAAGCAAAAACUCAAAAAAGUACUCCAAAUCCAGUAGAUAAGAAAAAAAUUCCUUCAAAACCUACUCCAGUUAAAGGCAAAAAAGAAUCAGAUUCUGACUCUGACUCCGAUUCAGACAGUUCAGAUGAAAAUGAAGCUUCUAAAAAAGCAGUACCUAAAAAGGAAGAAAAGAAAAAUACACAAGUUACGACUACAAAAAAUAAAAAUGCACAGCAGUCUCAAAACACAAAAAAACCACAAAAAAAAGAGGAAUCUUCAUCGGAUAGUUCGAGCGAUGAUGAAGAAGAGGAAAAACCAGUUUCUAAACCUGUCCCUGCACCUAAAAAAGAAAGUACAUCAGAUUCUUCAGAUUCAGACUCGGAUGAGCAACCAACUGUAAAAGCGGCACCCAAAAAACCAAAUCAACCACCGCCUAAACCUGCUAAAAAAGAUUCAAGCUCAUCAAGCGAUUCAGAUUCGGAUGAACCUCAAGUUCCUUCUAAAACCCCUGUAAAAACCUCUGCAGCUAAAAAUAAAAAAGACAGUUCAAGUGACGACUCAAGUGAAGAUGAUGAGAAAGACAAACCGCAAGAAAAAGUUGUUAAAAAUGAAACGCAAGCCAAGUCAAAAAAACAAGAAUCAAGUGAUUCAGAUGAUUCUAGUGAUGAAGAAACAGAAAAACAACCUCAGCAAACGGUAGCAAAAAAUUCAAAACCAGCAAAGGGAAAAAAAGAAGAAUCUAGUGAUUCAAGUGAAUCUGACGAUAGUGAUGAUGAUGAUGAUGAUGAUAAAACUAAUGUAAAAACUCAAGUACAGAAUAAAGUUAACUCUAAAUCUCAAAAGAAAAAGGAGGAAUCUAGUUCUGAUGAUUCAAGCUCUGAAGAUGAUGGUAAUAAGGAAGAAGCUAAAAAAAGAAAAACAGUUAGCAAAGAAACGCCUGUAAACAAUAAAAAAGCAAAAAUUGAAGAGAAAAAAUCAAGUAGCAGUGAAGAUAGUUCCGAUAGUGAAGAAAAUAAAACAGAAACUACUAAACCUUUAAAAGGUAAAAAAAGGAAAUUAAAUAGUAGCGUCGACGAAACGCCUAGUAAAAAAGUAGCUAAUGGAACAGUAAAUAAUGUAGAAGAUGAAGUUAGUUAUAGUCAGCCUACCAAAAAACACAAACCCGAGCCCUUUAGACGCGUUCAAUCCGAACAAGUUUUUAUUGAUCCAAGAUUGAAAGACAACUCUUUCGAAGCUAAGAAAAAUGCUAGAGGAUCAUGGGGAGAAAAAGCAAAUUAUGAUUUCAAACAUACCAGAGGUCGUGCAUUCAGGCAUGAAAAAACAAAGAAAAAGAGAGGAUCAUAUAGAGGAGGACAUAUAGAUAUGUCCGUUAAUUCUAUUAAAUUUGAAGACUAA